AUGGCGUCCCCGGCGCUGGCGGCGGCGCUGGCGGCGGCGGCGGCAGUGGCGGGCCCCAACUCCAGCGGCCCCGGCGAGGGGGGCAGCAGCAGGGCUGCCAACGCCUCGGGGGUCGCAUGGGGGCCGCCCCCGGGCCAGUACUCCGCGGGCGCCGUGGCGGGACUGGCGGCCGUGGUGGGCUUCCUCAUCGUUUUCACCGUGGUGGGCAACGUGCUGGUGGUGAUUGCUGUGCUGACCAGCCGAGCGCUGCGUGCACCGCAGAACCUCUUCCUGGUGUCCCUGGCUUCCGCCGACAUCCUGGUGGCCACGCUGGUCAUGCCCUUCUCGCUGGCCAACGAGCUCAUGGCCUACUGGUACUUCGGACAGGUGUGGUGCGGUGUGUACCUGGCGCUCGACGUGCUCUUCUGCACCUCUUCCAUCGUGCACCUGUGCGCCAUCAGCCUGGACCGCUACUGGUCCGUGACGCAGGCUGUCGAGUACAACCUGAAGCGCACGCCGCGCCGCGUCAAGGCCACGAUCGUGGCCGUAUGGCUCAUUUCUGCCGUCAUCUCCUUCCCGCCGCUCGUCUCACUCUACCGCCAGCCCGACGGCGCCGCCUACCCGCAGUGCGGCCUCAACGACGAGACCUGGUACAUCCUGUCUUCCUGCAUCGGCUCCUUCUUCGCGCCUUGCCUCAUCAUGGUCCUGGUCUAUGUGCGCAUCUACCGCGUGGCUAAGCUGCGCACACGCACGCUCAGCGAGAAGCACACGACCACGGGCCCCGACGGCGCGUCCCCGACCGCCGAGAACGGACUGGGGGCGCCGACGGGCGCCGGCGAGAACGGGCACUACGUUUCCGCGCGCCGCCCGCGCGCCGACGUGGACCCGGAGGACAGCAGCGCGGCGGCCGAGAGGCGGCGCCGCCGGGGGGCGCUGCGGCGGGGUGGGCGGCAGCGCGCAGGAGGCGAGGGGGGCGCGGACGGCGCGGACGCGCUGGCUCCCGGGCCCUCGGAGCCGGGCGCGCUCGCCGCCACGAGGUCCCCGGGCCCCAGCGGGCGCCUGUCUCGCGCCAGCUCGCGGUCCGUCGAGUUCUUCCUGUCGCGCCGCCGCCGGGCACGUAGCAGUGUGUGCCGCCGCAAGGUGGCUCAGGCGCGAGAGAAGCGCUUCACCUUCGUGCUGGCGGUCGUCAUGGGCGUGUUCGUGCUCUGCUGGUUCCCCUUCUUCUUCAGCUACAGCCUGUACGGCAUCUGCCGCGAGGCCUGCCAGGUGCCCGACCCUCUCUUCAAGUUCUUCUUCUGGAUCGGCUACUGCAACAGCUCGCUCAACCCGGUCAUCUACACCGUCUUCAACCAGGACUUCCGACGCUCCUUCAAGCACAUCCUCUUCCGACGGAGGAGAAGGGGCUUCAGGCAGUGACUCGUGCCCCCGCUUCGCGGGGAGGCCCCAGGCAGCUCCAGGAGGAGGGGGCGGGCGGGCGUGGCUCCCAGAGAACUGGGUGAGGUUCCCCAGAGGCCCAGGGAUGGAUUGGCCUCUAGGGGGCAGGGCAAGAGCGUAGGUGUGAGACCCCAAGGCCCCCGGGAGAGGGGAGGAGAAAGGGAGGCACCUCUGCCUCCCCGUCUCAGCGAGGGGCUGCUUCUGGGGCUCUAGGCCCGGGUUCCCUCCGGGCGCCCUGCCGGGUGUGGCUGUUAGGUCAGGUCUUCGACCACGGUGGCAUCUGCGACCUUCCAAACGGGUGAGGAAGUCCCCUGACGCACACCGCCCCCCAGAUCUGCCUCCGAGUAAGGGCUGACUUCCCCAGGACCCAGAGGGGGCGGCUGUCUUGGGGGGCGGAAAGAGGGCGCUGACAGG